AUGUAUAUCGCCGUGUGCAAGACGCAACAGAAAUUCGGAAAACUAGAGUUAACACCGACCGUGGCGAACGUCGGUGUUUCGUCUGCGAGCAACCGCCUAUGUGUCAUCGACCGCAACACCUCACAACGUUUACUCGUCUACACUGGCGCUGAAAUCUCAGUCCUCGCCGCAUCAAGAGUACAAAAGUCGAAGUCAACACCGAAUACCUGCAAGCUCUACGCCGCAAACAAUACACCAAUCAAUACAUACGGCGAGAAGAAUUUACUACUAUACUUGGGCCUCCGUAGACCGUUCAGAUGGUCAUUCAUCGUAGUCGAUGUCAAGACAUCAAUACUCGGCGCAGAUUUUCUCCGUCACUACAAGCUACUCGUCGACUUACACCGAAAGAAAAUAAUCGACAGAUUCGACAGCGUCACUGAACUAGCUAUCAACGCGGUAUCAGUGACUACAUCUCAACCCUCGGUCCACAUCCUGAGUCACGAUCAAGUAUACCACGACGUUCUGCAACAAUAUCCAGAUGUACUCCGCUCCAUGUCUACGAUGUCGCCGAGCAAGCACAACGUCACUCAUCACAUGACGAUCGGCGCGCCCUCUGCCGCCCGAAAAGUAUAA